AUGAAAUUAAAGGUUAAAAUACCGAAAGAAGAAUUAAGAAAAGUUGAAGAAAAACUAAAUGAUGGUAUUGAAAUAGAAUUCUAUGAUGAAAAUAAUAUGAGAUUAAAGAAUUGGGUUAUUACAUGUGAAAUAAUUACCGAGAAAUUAUUUAAUGAAGAGAAAAUUGAACUUGAUGAAGUAAUAAUGAAAGAAAGUGAUGAUAGUUCAGAGAAUAGAAGUGUUAAUGAUGAUUCAGAAUUUAAUACAGAAAAAGAUGAGAAUGACGAAAAUAAUGAUAAUGACAAUAUAGUAAUAAAUGAAAAUAAUGAAAAUAAUGAGAUAAAUGAUGAAAUACAAAAGAAUGAGACUGAUAAUAAUGAAGAAAAUGAAGAAAUAGUUAAAUCAGAAAAUUAUCAAAUCUUAAUGAAUAGACUAAAACAUAAAAGAGAAGAUAUUGAUGAAGAAAUGUUAGAAAAGGAAAAUGAAGGAUUAUCAUUAUUACAAUUAUAUUAUAAAAUAAGAAGGAAUAAUCUGAUGUUAUUAGAAAUACAUUAUUAUUUAGGAAAAAGGUUUGAAGAGAGAUUAGAAUGA